AUGGAGACCGUGGACCAGCUCGCUUCCAAGGGGAGUUUCCGGGCGGUGAAGGAGCCCCUGGCUUUCCUGAGGGUGCUGGAGUGGCUUUUUGCAAUCUUUGCAUUUGCAACAUGUGGUGGCUAUUCUGGCGGACUGCGACUAAGCGUGGACUGUGCAAACAAGACACAGAGCGACCUCAGCAUUGACAUAGCCUUUGCCUAUCCAUUCAGGUUGUACCAGGUGAAUUUUGAUGCUCCCACCUGUGAAGGCAAACGAGAAAAACUCUCACUAAUAGGCGACUUUUCUUCUUCUGCGGAAUUCUUUGUCACUAUUGCAGUCUUUGCCUUCCUCUACUCCUUGGCAGCCACAGUGGUCUACAUUUUCUUCCAGAACAAAUACCGUGAAAACAACAGGGGGCCCUUGAUUGACUUCAUCGUGACCGUGGUGUUUUCCUUCAUGUGGCUGGUGGGUUCCUCUGCCUGGGCUAAAGGACUCUCUGACGUGAAGGUUGCUACUGACCCGGACGAAGUGCUCUUACUGAUGUCAGCCUGCAAGCAGCAGUCCAAUAAGUGCUUGCCGAUGCGCAGCCCUGUCAUGUCAAGUUUGAAUACCUCAGUUGUCUUUGGAUUCUUGAACUUUAUUCUGUGGGCAGGAAAUAUUUGGUUUGUUUUCAAGGAGACUGGCUGGCAUUCCUCGGGCACGAGGUACCCCCAAGACACCAUGGAGAAGCAGUCCAGCAGCUAUAACCAAGGCGGCUACAAUCAAGACAGCUUUGGGCCAAGUGGCGGGUACAACCAGCAGGGGGGCAGCUUUGGGCAGCAAACCAGCUACGGCCAAGUGGAUGAAUUCGGCCAGCAGCCGCAGAGCUUUAGCCAGAGUGGUCCAACUUCGUUUGCUAAUCAGAUAUAG